AUGUUUUUGGAUCAUCGGCAUACUGACCAGCAACUACACAUACCCAACAAUGGACGGCCUUGUACAGAUUGUAGACAACUGCGUCGAGCACUUCAAAUCAAUAUGAGAUCUUUGCGAACUCGUGGAAUGACCAGUUUUACUGUGGAUUAUUUGCUUUGGCAUCACUUCGGAAAUCAUGUGGCGCUCAACCCACUGGAUAUGGUUCGUCGAUAUCGCGCAUAUUUCCAGCGUAUACCGAACCCGAAAAAUCUUGCGGCCUUCAUCGAAACAUAUUUGAAUAGAACACCGAUUGCUUUCUCGCGUGAUGGUUUGAUGGGCCCGAAAAUAAAUGUACCCGUUCUACAGAUUGUCGGCUCAAAUUCGCCAUUUGUGGAGAGCUCAGUGGACGUUAACUCGCGACUGAAUCCAGCUGACUCGGAGUGGCUUAAGCUUUCUGAAUCUAGUGGACUUGUACUUGAUGACAAGCCAGAAGGUGUUGCACAGGCAAUCAUUCUGUUCCUCCAGGGACGUGGUUAUGUGCCGACGACGAACGUACAAGAAUUGGUUCACAAAAUCUCCAUUCAGUCAGGAUUUGACGCAGGCGAUGCUGGUGAUGAUCCAAUAACGGUUCUGGAAAGUAUCAGUGAGACGAAUUCAUGA